AUGGAGACCCAGGCCUCCCGCCCUCGUCCUUUGUUCCGUUUACCUACAAUAUUAGCUCGCCCAACCGACCCAGUUGAUCCAAUCCCGAACCCUGCCCCUGCUCCAGAGCCACGCCCACCAAUGGUUAGGCCUGCAUCAAUAAGGCCACUGGCCGGGACGUUUCAACAACCUCAAUCUCAAGAACCCACGCCACGACCAUCUGCGGUUGUUAGUCCAGCAGCCAGAGGUACUGCCCCGCUAGCACCAGAACCUCCGAAAACCAUUGAGCCUAUUGUUCAAACCUUACCUCAAUCCCCUAAGCCCAAGCCCACGGCUCCACCACCAUCUGCUUUGACCAUUUUGCCUUCCCAAUUGAAGUCGCAGGGUGAGCUUGAGUAG